AUGCCGUCCCGCUCACGAUCUCUGCUCUCGCUCCUUCUUGCGCUCAUUUGCUUCGUCAGCCUGCUUCAGUCGGCGGGAGCAACGAUCAUCGCGACCUUUACGGAUGACAAGUGCAAAGAUUCAUACAAGUCGAUAAACGGGCCCAAUGGGUACCCGAACGGUACCUGCACGCAGCUGCGAGCGUCUGGGCCAUUUGGCAGCUUUCAGGUUGUCGAGGAGGAUGAAGGGUGUUCAGUGACCAUCUACGGGCACGAUGCCGAUCCCGACGAGCCCUGCUCAUCCCAAACCACAAAAGUAGCCGAGCUGGCCACAUGCUACAAUGCGUCCUGGGUGUAUUACAGCAUUGACAUGUGCACGCUGCCGUUGCCGGGGUCGACGACCUCGCCCGCAGUCGCGGCCGCUACGGUGACAGUGACAGCAUCGUCCAGCAGCAACCACACUGGCGCCAUCGUGGGAGGCAUCGUCGGGGGUGUUGCUGGGGUCGCAUUGAUUUUGGGUCUGGGGUGGUGGCUGCUGUGGAGUCGACGGCGGCGGCGGCGUCAGAAGCAGCAGCAACAGCAACAAUUACACCCUCAUAUGCAGAUGCCGAUGCCCCCUCCGGUCCAUCCACCAUAUCCUGUGUAUAACGCCAACGCGCCGCUGCUGCUGCCGCCGCCGCCGCCGCCGCCGCAGGAACUGUCGUCGAAGUCGACGGUAGAGAUGCCAAACACGGGGAAGACGAUCAAGCCCGAGGUGCGGGACGUCAAAGACGUCAAACUGCAGGCACCAGACGGGCGGUAUUAUGUGGAGCUGCCGGGUCAGCCGUUAUGA